AUGGAUCCUACUGCAGCAAAGAAGAGAGUACGGGCUUGUCUACCCCAAGUCCGGAAGUUGAUGGGAAUCACCGGAUGUCCUUCUGUCUCCAUCGGCAUCCUCCACGAAGGCGAGGUCAUCCUUCAGCACAGCCAAGGAUUCGCAGACGGGAACGAAAAUUAUAUCCCGGUCAACAAUUCAACUCUCUACAUGAUCGGAUCACUCACCAAGGCCUUCAUCGCCGCGUCCUGUGGUAUACUCGUCGACGAGGGCAAACUGAGCUGGACCGAACCACUAUCCACAUACAUACCCUUUACCCAGAACAAAGAUCCUGCCAUAGGCAAACACAUGAGUCUAUCAGAAGCCCUCUCUCAUUCCAGCGGAUUUCCACAGCUCGACAUCGCGUGGUAUGGCGCAGCAGGCGCAGAACUGCUUCUUCCAGAAGAUUUAUUACAUAUCACUGCCAACAUGCCAGUUCACGACACAUUUCGCACCGGAUUCCAUUACUCCAACUGGCCUUACGCUCUGGUGGGUAAGGUGAUUAAAGCGGUAGGCGGCGAGGAUGCCGUGGAUGGCUGGGGAGGGUUCGUCAAGAAGAGAAUCUUUGAGCCUCUCGGAAUGAGUAGAUCGACGUGUUCUCGAUGGAAAGUCGAGGGUGGAAAUCUGGCUGAGGGGCAUACGGUCUUGCACGACAGGCGACCAGUACGUUUACGAAUGCCUCAAGUUUCAGACAAGACUAUUUGUGGAGCCGCAAUGGCGAUUUGGUCGAACGUUCCGGAAAUGCUCAUCUGGUCGCAAGCAGUAAUGGAACGGUUGGAAGAAGAGGGGACGGAGAAGGACACCAUUGAGGCCAUGCAAGGAUUGAGUCUCAACACGGAACAAUACGAAGCAGUACACCACGACGACCAUACGGACGCGCAAAGCACAUCGACAAACCCGCUCAGGCGAAUCAGCCAAAUCACGUCUCGCAAGAUACCCGUUACGGACGAUACCACCAACGAGAACUCGUACGCGUUUGGAUGGGCAAGACACAUGAUUCCCUCGACACAACUUGGGUGGUUGUCUACCAACGGCCCACAGAGAGACGACAUCAUCGGACGAGAAUCGCACCCGCGGCUAACACUAUACCACGGAGGCCAGGUGACCGGAUAUCUCAACUCCAUCUAUCUCUUUCCGGAGACUAAAUCAGCUGUGGUCGUCCUGACCAACGCGCAGAGUGCUGGAGACUGCUCUGAUCUCGUUGCUCAGAUGUUCGUCCAAUCGCUCUUCGAUAUGACCCCGAAAGUGGAUUUCGGUAUGAGGGCGGAGAAGCUAUCUACCCGUAGUCUGAACCGAUAUACCGAGAUGAAAAACGAUCUGCAGAAGGACCGCAUGUUAAAUACGCCGUGUCCCCGUCUCGAAAGCCUUGAGGGGACGUACCGGAACGAAGACAUACAGGGGAUUAUUCAUGUGUACAAGCUUUUUGCCUGGAUCGAGGGACGAGAUGGAGACAAGAUGUCUGGUUGA